GCAGGCCAGGAGUGGAGCUAGGGGCCACCUAUAUGGCUGAGAAACCUUCCCCAGAGGUGGCCCUGCCAGCCACAGUGAUGGGUACAGACAACACUGAUGUCUCUCAACUCCGGGCCACCCGCCAUGGCUCCCAGCCCCUAGCCCUGGCACGGGUCACUGAGGAAGGCAAACCACCUCCUCUGCUCUCCCGCCGCAGCUCCAUCCUCAGCACCCACCCAGCACCCCUGGCCAGCCGCCGCAGCUCGCUUGGGGCAGCCCCGGGGGGCAGGCGCUCCUCCAUCGGUCCCUGGAUGCUCCACAGCCGGGUCAGCUUCUCUGGGCUCCCCCUCUUCCAGCCCACCCUCAAGACCCGCCUUGAAAACACUUACCAGAUGGGCCCAGAUGAAGGGUACAAGUUCAAUGCUGAGCGAGUGCAGCAGGUGCUGGAGGGGGUCCUGGCUGGGACCCUGGGAACCUCAGUCUACAGCCCCCAGGGCAGUGCCCUGCUGGCCCAGAGCCUUGCCGAGCUGCUGAGGAGCCGGGCAAAGGAGGUAGUGCCACCCCGCUACAAGUUGGUUUGCCAGGUGCUGCUGGGCCAGCAGGCCCAACAGAGCCUGCUAGUGGCCAGUCGGGCAUUGUGGGACCCCGAGAGUGACAGUUUUGCCUCUGCCACCUUCUCCAACACCUCCCUCUUUGCUGUGGCCACAGUGCACGGGGUCUACUUUGAGUAG